GAAUGUCAAUAUUUAAAGUUAAUUCAAUUUUUAGUAAAAAUAAGACGUAGUCGGAGAAAGUAUUAAUAUCAAAGCAGACUUCCGCAGAUAACGACGGAGCUAUAAUCAUCAAUGAAUAACGGGCGAUGAAAAAUGAGUUGCUGUCGAGUCGCCUGUGGAAAUUCAACCUAAGUACCAUUUACCAUGUAAGCAACAGUUAUUUUAGUGAUGUUUAUAUUCUCGAGGGCGAUGAGUUAAAAAGCUCGAGGGCCGAGAUCCAGGGUUAUAUCUGCAUUCGGCCUCGCCUCCAGGGCAGUUACCAGAGUUGUGUACUUCUCUGGGAGGCUGCUAAAUAAAAUUUCCACCAGCCGCUGGUCACCCAGAACUGCAUUUUUCUGCAUUUCGUUCAACCUUUCCAACAGGUCUGUCAGUGUCGCAAUGUGUGCCUCCAUAUCACCGUCGACCAUGGUAUAAUAACGUCGACUCAAGACGAAGACGGCAAAUUUUCAGAUCAUCAGAUCAUCAGGUCAUCAGAGACACUUUGGUACUCGUAGCGUGUUUUUGACGCCUUUCUGAGAUUACCUCAAGUCUCAAUUUUAUUGCUGUUUCAAGUAUCCAAAUAUGAAUCAGCGGGUUGUCCUCAACCAUUGCCAGCUCACUUGACUUCUACUCUGCCGUAACUGGUUCUGGUUUCGCAUUGCUGACAGCCUUCCAACAUUUAUCCUUUAUCAAGCAACUUCGUUUUGAAACUCCAAUAAAUUGUCAUAGUCAUUGUCAAACGACACCAGCUUUUCAUUCAUGACGGACUAGUCGAAAAUAAAAAUCCUCGACAUUUAUUGACAACUCCGGUGUACAUUACCUUUAGGAACAGGCAGACGGACUCGAUAACGUAGUAGAAACGAAGUAAAAUGAAAUUAUUUUUCUUUUUACUUGUCAUAAACCUUCAUUGACAAAAUUACAUUAAAAACUAUUAGAAAAUAUCAAUGGUACAUUGGUACCUACACUGCAAAAUAUUAUAGCUGCUUCUAAUAGUAAUAAUAAUCCCCACAAUUUUGAGUUUCUUUACAGCGAGACUUGCCUUCUGAGCACUUAAUUACCUGGGAAAUUUGUGUACCAUCCUCAUUCUUUUGCUCUUUCCAGGAUUAUGGUUAGGCAUUAGAUAAGAUUAGUUCUUAUUGCCUAACAAAGAGACGCAAACAUUGUUGUACGUUUAAAAUGGACUUCCUGGAAGUUUUAGCGAAUUACUGUUCGAAACUGUAGGUCUAUGUGGCUGAUGUUGACAGUAGCUCCAUCAUUGCGCAAUAAAAAUAUUAGCAAACCACUAUGUGCUGGACUAUAGGUUAUCGAUAAGUGCUUGAUAUAGUGUUGUGUCAUCAAUAGUAGGAGGUGGUAAUCAAAACCAAUCUAUUUUUAAUGCGUUAUUGAUUAAAAAAUCCCAUUAGACGGUGAAAUUAUGGACAGAUUUGACCUAUUAAUAGAGUUCCAUUCACUAUGCCAUUAGUGGGUACCAGUUCACCUAUUAAGAAUCAGUUCAAAGUUUGGCGACAAUUGGAUUUUAUUUUCUUUCUUAAAAAACAGCUUAUUAUCUCUCAAUUAACGAUAACUGCAUGUUUGCAUGGACUUUCAUUCGUUUUAACAUCUUAACCGAUCUUAACUAAAUAAAAAGUGCUUACAAAGAAAUGUGGGGCUUUGUAUUGGGGAUUAUAUUAAUCCUUCUAUUAAUAGUCGGAUAUUACCUUUUAUAUUACAAUUAUUGGAGUGAACGAGGUGUUCCAGCCAUUAGCCCGAUUUAUACGUUCCACAAUUUUAGUGAACUUGUUUUUCGCGUUAGCCCAAAAUUCACGAAUCUAAAAGACCUCUAUUUUAAAAAUCAAGAUAAGAGAUACGUCGGCCUAUUCCAAUUUUUUCGUCCCAUUCUGAUGGUGAAUGAUUUAGACCUAAUCAAGAAAAUUUGUGUACAAGAUUUUGACACAUUUACCGAUCACAGUCCUUACCCAAAUGUGCUAUUUACGGAUAAAUUAUUUCAUAAAAACGUGUUUUCAAUGACAGCCGAAGAUGGUUGGUACGAGUUAAGAGGAGCGCUAACGCCUUUCUUCUCUGGUAGUAAACUGAGGCGAUGGUAUCCGCUAAUGCGUAGAUGCUCAGAACAAGUUUUGGAUUAUUUAAAUAGUUGCGAAAGUACCGACUGCGUGGAUUUGAGAGAUCUAUUUGAGAGAUAUUCAAAUGAUGUGAUUGGUAGUGCCAGUCUGGGGGUGUGCUGCAAUUCUGUACGGGACAGAGAUAAUCCAUUUUUUAAUGGAUGUAGAUAUUUAGCCAAUUUUUCGGGCAUGAAAGGAAUUACUUACAUUGUUUACUCUUUAUACCCUCGGUUACUGCAGAUCAUAGCUCCAAGCUUAAUAAAAUCAAAAGUGACAGACUUUUUCCUUCAACUAAUCAGAGAGAAUAUGCAUUACCGCUUAGAAAGAAAUAUUGUACGAGACGACAUUGUUAGCUUGCUCACUAAGUACAUACAGAACAAGUCUGGUAUGAAAGAAACAAGUUUAAAUGCAUCAGGGGGAGUUUGCGAUAUGACUAUAGCGGAAGUAACUGCUGGGGUUGCUGUGUUUUUAAUCGCCGGAUUCGAAACUGUUGCUUACACCCUCACCUUCGCCGCAUACGAGUUGGCUAUAAAUCCCGAAGUCCAGAAAAAAGUUUGUAACGAAAUAGAAGAAACCUUAAAUAAGUACGACGGCGAACUAACCUUUGACGCCAUAAACUCGAUGAACUACAUAGAGAACGUCAUUUUUGAGGCGCUUCGAAUCCACUUAUUUUUAAGUAUUAUUGAUAGACGGUGCACGAAAAAUUACACCAUUGAACCGGAACGUCCAGAUGAAAAACCCGUACAUCUAAGAAAAGGCGACUGUAUUUGGAUUCCUGCCGGUGCAAUCCACCACGAUCCAAAAUAUUACCCAAACCCUCAAAAAUUCGACCCUGAUCGAUUUGAAAGGAAGAAGCCAUUCUCGUUAAUGCCAUUUGGUGUCGGAUCUAGGAAUUGCUUAGGCUCAAGGUUUGGUAUGAUGGAGUGCAAAUUAAUAUUAGUUGAGAUUCUGAGGUCUUUUGACAUCGUGCAAACGAUCAGUAGCCAACCUACAAUGGCAGGAAAAUUAAUUGGAUUAAAUCGUAAGAUUAUACGUAAUAAGGUGUAGUUUAUAACUCUAUAUUCAAAAAUCCAAGCUGUGUGUAUGGCAGCCAUUUUACUAAUUUAAAUAAAAUCAUUCCACAGAAGGA